UAUCUAUAUAAAAUAUACAGAACAUGAAUUUUGAUAGAUUCAGAACUCCUUAGGAUUUCAGAUGUGAAUGUGUAAUGUCGUUUGGGAAUGAGGCAAAAAACAAAAAUUGAAGUACUUACAUGCUAUGCUUAGUAAACUAACUUUCAAUGAAAAGUAUGGUUGUAUCAUUCUGCAACCAAAUUUUACUAGAAACAUUGACGACAUCUCCUUCCACCCAUUGGCUUCCAGUUGUCACUUCUCUAUAAGAUGUUGCUAGAAUUGCAAAAAUAUUUGGAGGCUGAUGUUGGCUCAAGUUUUCAAGGGGGUGUCUGGAGGAGGGGAGCUGGGGGACCUGGAGUAAUCGGGGCUGAAACUCACUCCAUUGAGUUUCAAAUCCUUAUGUGCCUAGCGGGUUUUGAACUCGAGACCUCUCACGAGGCAGUUAUAGAAUCGCACAUCAUCAGUGUCUCUUCCAGCAAAACUGCGAUCAUGUCUAGCCUCGCAACCUUCAACGGCAUCAAGCAUCCAGUUUCCGGCUCCAACUCCAACCCGAAGGCGGGCGAAAUCCAUGUAAUAAUCGGCCCGAUGUUUGCCGGCAAGACCACCGCUCUCCUCCGCCGUAUCAAAUCCGAUUCUAACAAUGGCAGUAACGUCGUGAUGAUAAAAUCGAGCAAGGACACCAGAUACGCGGUGGAUGAGGUGGUAACGCACGACGGCACUAAAUUCCCCUGUUGGGCGUUGCCAGAUCUCUCUUCAUUCAAGAUCAGAUUCGGAUCUGAGUCAUAUAAAAUGGUGGACGUGAUUGGAAUUGAUGAAGCCCAGUUCUUCGACGAUCUGUAUGAUUUUUGCUGUGAAGCUGCAGAUCUCGACGGGAAAACAUUAAUAAUUGCUGGGCUAGAUGGUGAUUAUUUAAGGAGGAGAUUCGGGUCAGUUCUGGACAUAAUCCCACUUGCCAAUACUGUCCAGAAAUUGACAGCUAGAUGCGAAAUAUGUGGGAAACGAGCCUCCUUCACCUUCAGGAAGAUUGGCGAAACCCAGACAGAGCUCAUUGGGGGUUCAGAUAUGUACAUGCCACUCUGCCGACAGCACUAUGUCAUUGGAAUAACACCUCCCACUACGAUUUCCCAGAAAGAAGAAGAAGAUUUGUUUAAGAGGAAGAAGAUGUUUCGUGAGGAGGGCGCUACGUUAUUAGAGUCCUCAUAUGAGAAACUUGUUCCCUUUCCUUAACUUUGUACUCCGUAUUGUAUAAAUAUAAAUAUUGAGUUCGCAUUUACUUAGUGUUGGUUAUUGAUCGAUUUCUUAUCGAUUGAUUAAGGCUUUUUCUAUGGUAAUGGUAUAUAAAAUUAUAAAUCAAACGAAGUUGAACUUGUGUACAUUUUUUUUUGUAUUUGGUAUUUCUAACUUACAUCUAUUGAGCAUCUUCCUUUUAUUUGCUGCUAAAAA